AUGGGCAGCCAUUUGGUCAGCCUUUUAGUGCGACCCAAAGGUUACACCCUACUAUCAAAACGUCGAAUUAAUGCAGGAACCUAUUGGAGUCAGAGUCACGGUGAAGUUUCCAUUGUCACUGUGAUGUGGAAGCAAGCCUUCAGAAUGCAGUUUUCCCGUGUAGCUAUUAGGCUUCGUCAUCUUCUUGGUUCAUCUGUCCAUCAACAUGUACCAGGGAGCACUUUCUGCGCAAGAUGCAGCUCAACAGGAUCUACAGAAGGUGACAAUUUGGUGUUUGAACUCAGACACUACCGUGUACAGACUGGACACCAGCGCUGCUUCCUUGAUCUCACCAUGGAACACAUGCAUGUGCGUGCCUCACACUCACCGAUGGUCGGGUUCUGGUACACGGAGCUAGGCAGUGGAAUCAACGACGUUGUUCACAUUUGGCAGUACAGAAGCCUUUCAGACCGGGCGCAUGUGCGACAGGGUCUAGCGAAAGACCGCGCUUGGCAGGAGGGUUUUAUGGCACAGAUCCUUCCUAUGAUGCUCACACAGAAAAACACACUCAUCCGCUGCUUCCCCGGAACCACUGUCACCUAUCCUGAGCCUGGCACCGGUCACUACGAGCUUCAGGAGGUUGUGUUUCCGGGACGGGUUAAGGAAGCUGGGGCAGCCAUCCAAGACCUCCGGUAUCCAGGAGCAAAGUUGGCAGCUGCCUGGUACAACCUCUUCUCCAAGCUUGACACAGGUUGGCUUCUUUGGCAUCACAAGAACCUAGAUGACAUAAUGCACAGACCAGACAGAGAAUCUCAUACAGAUCUCAAAAUAACCAAGUCAAAAUUGCUGAUACCUAUGCCAUAUUCCCCAAUGAAAUGAUGUUGUUAAUCAAAGAAAACAAAAUUCUCUGACUUGAUUAGAAGAAUGUUUGUGUUUUCGUAUAUAUUUGUGUGUUUUAAAUAAAGGUUUCACAGUA